CUUUUUCCAUUCCCGAUUCUUUCAUCUCUGCCUUUUUUCUUCUUUUUUUAAUUUCUGCAUCUUUCUUGAUUACUGAUUAAUUAAUAGGUUUAAAUAUAGGUUUUAUUAUGCCUUUUCCCUUUUUAGUGAUAUUUCGGAUAGCAUUGCAUGAAUUGUGUUGUUAGAGAUUGUUUUCUGUUAACGGAUUCGUCAUCCAGUUUCGCUACUGGAGUUGAAUUUUAUUGCGGUACGGUUUAGAUGACUGUGAAUGUUUUGUGCGUAAUUCUUUGGAAUCCUGAGGAUUGGGGAGUAAAGGAAAAUGUGCAAAUUAAGAAAAUUUUAUGGCGUUGAGGUAUUUAUGGCUUGAAAAAUGACAUGCCAUGUUGUCAGAGCACAUGCUUGUGUUGUGUAAGAUAAGGCUUUGGAAUAUGUUGCUGGUGAUGUUCACUUUUAUAUUCCUGUAGAAAUAAUGUCAUAUCAAAUUUUGAUAAACUGUAGAGUGUUUUAUGAAAGAAAUGUAUAGUGUGUUUUAAUCUUAAUUAAGACUGACGGUGUUGGUCACACAUGGAAACAUUUUUUUUUUUACGGGGAUAGUGCGGUCUGAAGUAUUUAACUGCACAUGUCUGUGCUACGAUGAAGAGAAUAUAUGCUAGUUCUUGUGGAAAAAAUAAGACUGGUGAUAGGUUUAAAGAUACUCGGCCGAGUGAGCAUGUAGUAUAAAUAGUUUUAGAUAUGUGGUUCCUGUGUUGUAGAUUUUAGUUGAUAAAUGCCAUUUUUGCGAUCAAAACCUUGCAGCAAUGUGAUGCCUAAUGGCUACAAUAGUUAAAUUGGAUAUUUGUCACUCAACAUUAUGAUUUGUUGUUUACUUUUUUUGUACAUAUUACUAUAUUACCCUUUUCACAUUUUAUGUAUCUUAGGGUAACAAAAUUCAUGAGUGUUCCCCCUCUCACUCUCUGUAUGCAUCUGUUUUCCUUUAUUUAGGAAUCAGUGUCCACAGUCCUUUCUAGUUAUUUAAUUUUAGGUUUACUAUAAUAUAUGAUAGACAAAUUUAAUGAGAAGUUGCAGAAGAAAGAUUUUCUUUACUGAACACAUUAGAUUGACCCAAUUACACUCUUACAAAUUACAAGGCUUGACUUGAGUAAUUUCCUUUCUCAUUUUUCACGGGUUACUUAUUUCAUAGUUUGCUUUCAAGUUUCUUAAUCGGAACGUUUCUCGGUGAAAUUUGUGAAGUAUGAGAUGAUAUAACUUCCUUUGUGAACAUUAAGAAUUUAACUUGAACUUUUACUAGCUUCACAUCCCAAUUUAACUGUUUCAUGACACUUUGCUUCUUUCCUUAAUGAGUGAAAUCAUAAAAGCUAAAGUACUCUAACCUUCUCAAACUGUUCAUCUGUCCAAGAGUGAAUAUGCAAAACUUUGUUGAAGAGUUGUCCCCAAAGACUUCUGCAAGAUCUAUCAAAACCUAGACAUGAAUCUAGGAUCUUUGUCUAGGAUUACUUUGGGCACACCAUGCAACCUUACAAUCUCUCUUAUGUACAAUUGUGCAAGUUUUUACAUUGAUAUCCUCAUAUUCACAUGUAAGAGUUAUCACUCCAUAUAUCUUGAGGAGGUGAUUUGGAGAUGUCAGACUUACCAGGGUAUAUGCGUACCUGUUUGAACACAGGGAAGCUUCUUUCAUUGGCAAUUUUGGUCUCUGGGGGAAUAGUAUUACAAAUUUUGGCAUGUGCCUUGUAUAAUAAUUGGUGGCCGAUGCUAAGUGUGUUAACGUAUGUGCUUCUUCCAAUGCCUUUGUUGUUCUUUGCAGGGUCUAAUGACUCUAUAUUCGAUGAAUCUGAUAAUAGCAGCUGGGUGAAUUUUACCAAGUUCUUGACCGGAGCCUCAACCGUUGGAGGCAUUGCCAUUCCAAGCAUAUUAAAGCAUGCAGGGGUUAUCGGUUGGGGAGCCUUUGCAAUGGAACUCUCUUCCUACUUCGUGUUUGGGCUGACAUUAAUAUGUUACCUUUGGAUGAGUGAUGAAGAUGAUUACAGUAUCCUCUGAUACGAGAUUUGCUUCAUCAUUGUAAAAAUGAAUUUGUUGUCUCCCCAAAUUGUACAGUAGCUUUCAGCCCAAUGUGUAUUUAUUGUCUGUUAAGAAAUGUGUCGGCUUUUGCCCGUUUUCUUAUUGUGUUAACUAAGUGUGGUUUUCAUUAUAAUUUCGUAGAAGUUAUUUUUCUAUGAUACUUCUCAAAAUCA